AGCUCCCCGAUCAGGACUGAGGAGGGUGCAGUUUGUGGUGACAGUCCGCUGUGAUUGACAUUCCUUUGAUUAUCCCGGACUGAAUCUUCGAGGGAAGACUGCCAGAUGCAGCUUAUUAUGGACACGUGGACUGUUUCUGGGAAGCGUGGGGUGUCGCUUUUCUACAAGCUUUCCUGUCUGAAGUGAAAAAUUUACCUAAGUUCUAAUAGAGUUCUCAGCUGUUGAGGAAAAUCUUUAAGAGGUGAAGCUGAGCUCAGAGCUACAUGUACAGUUUAUCUUAUCAAGAUGGGUGGAAGUAAAGCAAUUUAAAGGAAAUUGAAGACCACAAAUCUUAAUGACUGAAAUACACUGUAUUGUUCACACCAAAGCAUAAGUGUUUGGAGAAAGACCUUUGCUGUUCAGCAAAAUCAUGAUGGAGGCAGAAGAACAGCAGUCAUGGAAGACAACCUUUUACUCAAAAUUACCUAAAGUGGAACUUCAUGCUCACUUGAAUGGAUCCAUUAGUUCUAAUACCAUAAAGAAAUUAAUAACCAAGAAGCCAGGUCUUAAAAUCCAUGAUCAGAUGACUAUGAUUGACAAGGGAAAGAAAAGAACUUUAGAAGAAUGUUUCCAGAUGUUUCCAAUUAUUCAUCAACUUACUACCAGCCCUGAAGAUAUUCUAAUGGUCACAAAAGAUGUCAUUAAAGAAUUUGCAGAUGAUGGUGUCAAGUACCUGGAACUAAGGAGCACACCCAGAGGAGAAAAUGCUACAGGAAUGACUAAAAAGACUUAUGUGGAAUCUGUACUUGAGGGUAUAAAACAGUCCAAACAGGAAAAUGUAGACAUUGAUGUUAGGUAUUUGAUAUCAAUCGACAGAAGAGGUGGCCCUUCAGCAGCCAAGGAGAAUGUUAAACUUGCAGAAGAGUUCUUCCUUUCUACAGAGGGAAUAGUUCUUGGCCUUGACCUCAGUGGAGACCCUACUGCAGGACAAGCAAAAGACUUCUUGGAACCUCUUUUAGAAGCUAAAAAAUCAGGUCUGAAGUUGGCAUUGCAUCUUUCGGAGAUUCCAAACCAAGAAAAAGAAACGCAAGUACUCCUGGACCUGCUUCCAGACCGAAUCGGGCAUGGGACAUUUCUUAGCUGCUCUGAUGGGGGAUCCCCAGACCUAGUGGACUUUGUGAGGCAACACCAGAUACCACUUGAACUCUGUUUGACCUCAAACAUCAAAAGUCAGACUGUUCCAUCUUAUGACCAGCAUCACUUUGGAUUCUGGUACAGCCUUGUUCAUCCUGCCGUGAUCUGUACUGAUGAUAAGGGUGUUUUUGCAACACACCUCUCUCAAGAGUACCAGCUGGCAGCAGAAACAUUUAAUUUGACCCAGUCUCAGGUGUGGGAUCUGUCUUAUGAAUCCAUCAGCUACAUCUUUGCUUCUGACAGCACCAAGUCUGCACUGAGGAAGAAGUGGAAUCAGAUGAAGCCCAAAGCGUUACAUUUUUAAGCUGUAAGGAGGUGAAAUACUUUCAAGUAUGUAUUACAGCUGCCAUCUCCCUGCCAUAUCCCACUUAGUAAACAGUCCACUGCUCCCUCCUUUGGAAACUCAGCAACAAGUGCCCUGGGCCCCAACACCAGCAUCUUACUCAUGGCAGGUGCUCAGUAAGUUUGUCUUAAACUGCCUGGCAGGCUGCUUACUGAACUCCUACUCUGGCAGCGAUUUUGACUUAGUAGUAGUUUCUCAUCAGGGAAAGUUUUGAAAUUACUAAGUAAGAUGAGGAGAGAGGGGAAGACAGAUUGCCACCAAAACUUUUAAAAGCCUUCUAGCUUGUGAUGACAGCUCUGUUUUGUUGUGCUUCUUUUUUUAAUGGCCACACCUGUGGCAUACUGAAGUUGCCAGGCCAGGGACUGAAUCUGAGCCACAGCUGCUACCUAUGCCAUAGCUGCAGCAGCGUGGGAUCCUUUAACCCACUGCACUGAUACAUUUUAUUUAUUUAUUUAUUUUGUCUCUUUAGGGCCGCACCCACGGUACAUGGAAGUUCCCAAGCUAGGGGUUGAAUCGGAGCUGUAGCUGCCGGCCUUCGCCAGAGCCACAGCAACGCCAGAUCCGAGUUGUAUCUGUGACGUACACCACAGCUUACGGCAACGUGGAUCCUUAACCCACUGAGCGAGGCCAGGGAACGAACCCACAACCCCAUGGUUAAUAGAUUCAUUAACCACUGAGCCAUGAUAGGAACUCCUGCAGUCAUACAUUUUAGAUUUUGAAUUGAAUAAUGGAGAAUUGAUCCACUCUUAUGCUCAUAUAUCAUCUUCCUUCCCCUACCUGGUCACUCUACAGAGUUGACAAGACAGCCUCAAAUACUCAGAUAGUAAAUACUCAGAUAGUAUAGUAAAAGAGAAAUGGCAGCUUCCUUUCUCAAUUUAUAGAUACAUGUAUGAAUGCAUGUAUGUGUAUUUAUGUAUGGGUGUAUAUAUGCGUGUAUUGAUAUUAUGUUCUGUGGCACUGGCCAUUGAGAAUAGCAAUAAAGAGAAGAAUGAUAGCAUGGGGGAAAUAAGAACAGUACUAGGAAAGAACUUAUGAGAUUAUUUAUGCUAAUAUAGUCUUGCUUCCUCUGCUGCACAUGCCACCCAGUCUGUCCCACAAAGGUCUUACGAGUAUUAAAAGGGAGGUGUGCAUAGAUCCUCUUGCUCCCCAGCAGUGGGCAUGGUUUCUCUUCCUUAGGAUGUUUGAACACUAUGUAUUAUUUCUUGUUUCUUCCAUCCUCAGAAGUAGCAGACUGGGUGGCAGAUCGUGGUUUGUGAGGUAGCUUGAGAUGAAGUGAGUUUUCCCCAGAAAGAUUCUGCCUUUGCACUAUUCCCUUUGCACAUUCUCUUCACCUAGUGGUUGAAGGGCUGGUCCUGGGUCUUUUAAAGUAAGACUCUUUCAGUUAUGACAGGUCCCAGUGGAUUGUCCUAAUGGAUAAGGGUACAAAUACUGAGGAAGGAUUUUCAUUCUGUUUUCUCUUUUGCCACAUUCUAAUUUGUUUCUCAGACUAGACCAUAAAGAUUCAUAAAGGCAGGCUUAUAGUAACCCCACACAGGGAGCCAAAAAAAGCAAGUAAAGAUUUAUCUUUUCUGCCAGCAACAAAUUAAUCAUAAUUUCCAUAUAUACAUUUGGAAAAAGAAAAAUACCUGGAAGGAACACUGGGCACUAUAUAGAUAUAAUUUUUAUUAACAUGGUAUCCCUGAGAAGCAGAUUAAGGUGUAAACAUUUUUCUGCUUUACAGAAAGGGAAAUGGAGGCAGGUUGACUUACACAUAAGACAUCUGGAAGCAGAAUUCAUAUCUGUUGAUACCACCACCAGUGCUUUUCCCAUAAGAAUAUACAUAGAUAGACUGAAGAGAGUAAUCUCUCAUUUGUUAAAAAACACUACAGCAUACUUCCUAAACCAUCGUAGAUCCUGAGGUGUUGCUCUAGACCGGUGUUUCUUCUGUCUUUCCGUCUGCUGAGGCAACAUAGUUGAGAUUCCAUCUCCCCCCGAUUCCUAAGACUUAGGAAUUAGGAGAUUCCCUCAACACCGGAACCCUAAUUAAUCUUUCAUCUACCACAGUAAGCUAUGAAUUGUAGAAUAGUUUGUCUCCCCAUUUCUCACCCGGAUCUCAUUCCUGUCACAGAAUUCAUUAAAUGUGAAUGUGACACAGCUGCUUGUCCCAGGGCAAUGCUCCUUGCUCAUGCUUCUCUUUCCUCUGACCUGCCCACUGAAGCAUUGUCUCAGGAUAUUAGUUUCUGACCUAGUCCCCUAAAACUGCUCAUUCUUCUUCCCCAGUGCCAGUCAGGAGUGUCCUUGUCAGUAAGGACAGCCCAGCCCAGUCUGUAAGGUGGGGGCACCAUCUCCUGGUCUGCCUCUGGUGCUCCAUGUUUCAGCCAGGGCAAGUCUCUGCCUCCUACACAGCCCACGUCGUUACAUUCUGUGCUGCUCCAAGCUUUGUCUAACCUUCCUUAUAGUCUGUCUUUGCCCUUUGCUCUGUUGCUCCCCUAGUUUCCCAUUUCUCACCCAGUCAGCACUCAGUUUUGCAAUUAGUUUUGAAAAGUUCAUCCCACCCUCAUUUAACCUUCCCUCUGAACACUUCUUGCUUCAUGGAACCUUCCUCAUUAAAGACAAUACCUCUCAACUUUUUUUGCAAACUCUAAUGCAUUAGACCUUAACAUUUAUGCAUAGUGUUAUUACUUAGCUUUCUAGAUUUCUCUAAAACUGUUGCAGCUAUACAUGUGUACUUACUCUCUGUACAUGUCAGUGUCAUCAAGGACAGAAAGGGUCUGUGUAACUGGUGCUGUACAGGCUCAUCAUACUACUGUGAACAUGUGGGCAAUUAAUUCAAUACUAUUUGAUUAUAAUGAUUAGAACUGCAUUUUGUUUGAAGAGCUGCUUUAAAAAAUAGAGGUAUACAGUGAAACACCUGUGCACGUAUGUGCAAGUAUUGUCAACUCCACUGACCAAAGGCAAUUUAUCCUCCUUCCCAUUAAGGUAAAGAGUUGUUGGCACAAAGUGGUCUAUUUGCCCAAUCCAUGGGAGUGGCAUGGCAAGUGGCUUCUGCUCAUGGCAGGUUAGUAUUAAGUGUCCACGGGGGGGGGGGGGGGGGACAUUAGCCCAGGUGUUUAGAGUAUGUGGGAUAUGGACACUUCCAUCUUGGGAGCUUUAACUGGUUCCCUAUCACCACAUCUGGCUGGCUUGCUCUUUGGGCUUCUGGACCACAAAGGAGAGAUGCAAUUCAGAUAAGAUGAACCAAACAAAAAAAAUCAAACUAGAUGCUAUAUAUGCAAUAUUAUUCCAAAGCUUCUACAGCUUGGAAGAAACUAAGAAAUCCAGAGUUCACACCUUGUUAUUUAUAUGAGGUUUACAUUGUUUCCCCAUAUGGUAUACCUAGGUUCUUGACAAAAUGCUUUAUAGGUCAGAACCAAGAUGGAUAUUAAACUCUCCUUCUUUAAGAUAAAUGAAGAGUGCAUGACAGAUAGGUCAUUCUGAGCACAGGCUUAAAUGAGCAGGAGAAGUAAGUUUCUGCAUUUUCAUUACUCAUAAAGAGACCCAUUCACUGAGAAGUCUCACAACCUUUCCUAGAAAUGCUGCUAUGAUGCGUUUUUUCUAGUCAAAACGCAGGUAAAAACAGGAUGAGUAAAGAAAGGAGCACAUCAGACUCACAAUAUCUACUACCGUGUUCUCUCUAUUAAGGGAACAACAUAGGCCCUGAGAGGAAACAUGCUACCUGUCAAUACAAGCAAGGAGAUGGACAGAAAUCUUCCUUUCAUUCUUAAAAUGCCUUGGGAAUUUGACUCUAGAUCCAGGAGAAACACAGGAACAAACAGUGGGAUAAAUUCUAGAGUAUUUCCUAAACUAGUCAGGCACAGGUUAGGAGAUGGCUCUCACUAUUGGAAGACUUUUCCAAACAAUUUCAACACAUGUAAUGAAGCUGUUUUCUUCACUGAUCCUCAGGGGCUUACUUAGGUGCCACCUGUGACAGAAGCUUUUCUCGUGCAUGGAUCUCUCGGUGCUUGUUGAGAGCAGAGCUUUUACUGAAGUACUUGCCACAGUCAUGACACCCAUAGGGUUUCUCUCCUGUGUGGGUUCUGUGAUGUGCACGCAAGUCAGAACUCUUACUGAAACUCUUUCCGCAGUCAGGACACACGUGGGGUCUCUCUCCUGUGUGUAUCCUCCGAUGUGCACUAAAAUGAGAACUGUUAUUGAAGCUCUUCCCACACUCUUCACACUGAUAGGGCUUUUCUCCUGUGUGGGUUCUCUGGUGAAUGAUAAGACUUGAGCUCUGAUUGAAGCGUUUUCCACAUUCACCACACUGAUACGGUUUCUCUCCUGUGUGGAUUCUCCUAUGGGUGAUGAAAUUUGAACUGUCACGGAAACUUUUCCCACAGUCAAGACACUUGUAAGGUUUCUCUCCAGUGUGGAUUCUCCGGUGUCUAAUGAGGCGUGCACUCCGACUGAAGCUUUUUCCACAGUCAUCACAUUUAUAUGGAUUUUCUACUUGAUGGGCUAUCUGGUGCAUGAGGUGGGCAUUUGGACCAAAGCUUUUGCCAUACCUGAGAUAUUUAUACGGUCUCUCUCCCAAGUAAGCUUUCUGAUGACUAAGAACUUUACCUAAACUCUUCUCUGGGAAUGUUGGUUUUCCUCUUCUCUCCCAUGGGAUCUUUUCCCACUGUUUUCCUGAUCUACAUUCACUCUCACUGCCUCUACCCUGAUUAAGAUGCCGGGGAAUUUUCCUUUCAGACCUUGCAAGUAAUGUUCUAUGUAGUUGUACUUCCUCAGAAAUAUCCGUUUUUGAUUCUCUUCGUUCUCAAAUCCAGCCUCAAAACCUGGCAGAAGUAUAGAAUUUUUAAAGUUAUCCAUUUUCUCAAUCAUUAUGUGCCAGGGUAAAGCAAGUAUCACAGAUGAUUAAAGAUAAAAGUUAAGGAGCUCUAAAUCCCAAAUAACCAUCUAUUAAAAUUCCAGUGUUUUACUUCUCUACUUAGUAACCUGUCAACAUGCUUCUCAUCUACAUAGGGGCUGAUUAAUAUGUUCUUUUAACUCUUCCUGGAUGCCCGGGAUCUUAGAAAAUCCUCUCAGUAUAAGAAAAACCUACCAGUUAAAACUAUCAUCAUGAUUUUACAGGAAAGAUGCUUUCUAAAGCUGUAUUUUUGCCUCAUCUUAGGCCUAUCAUGGUAUUCUAGUUUAUGUUUUUUGCUGAUAACUAAAGGGAUUAGAAGGGAACACCUAGGAAAACCCUAGGGAAACUUCUCUAUUGAGAAAGAGCUACAUGAGCCCUUUUCCCUCAAAUUCUAUGAAUAAAAAGAGGGUAGAAAAAUAUCUGGUGUCCUUCAAAGAACAAGGCCUUCUGAGAAUGAAAUUUUGCUAGGAAGCAUCUAUCUAAAAUACUCUCUUUGCCCAUGGAGAAAUAACACUAGAUGUUCCAAAAGAACUACUUUAAUGCCCAAACUAAGCUUUUAAUACUUUUCAAAGAACCAAAUGCCAGGUUUCUUGGGCCUGGGCUAUGAGGAUUUGCAGAUACUUGCAAGUUUUCAGUUUGUAAAUUUCGUUUGAAUCUGAAGAAUUUUUAGAUGCUUCACAUAAACCCUGGAUCCCAAGUUCCCUGGACUAAAUCUGACAGCAAAAGAAUGCUAUGUCAACAGAUACAUGUACCUGUAAAGUAAUAUUUCUACCCAGAAGCCCAGUUUUAGGAGAUGCCCUAGGAAAUAGAGGUUCAUUAGAUUAAAUGAAAUCUCAGAACCUUAAAUAUGUGACUAUAAAAUUGUAAGCCUCCAAGGGGGGUAUUUAGCAUUUCCUAAACCUACAAGUCAUUUUCUAGCAGAACAUACUAAUAGCUCCAUGGAACACACUUGAAGAAUGCUGAUAUAAAGAACUUCUGGAAAAGAAAACUGCAUUUAUCAAGUGCCCAAGUGCUGUGCUAGGUGCUUCACCGCAGCACUUCAUUUACAUCAGCCUUUUGAGGUAGGUCUUUAUAAGUAAACUUAGAGGAUUAAGUAACUUGCUCUAAGGUACUCAACUAGUAAACAACAUAGUCCAGAUUCACAUACAUAUACAUGUAUGACUCCAAAAUCAGAAUAAUUCUUCCCAUAAGGAGGGAAGCUAGAGUGAAGUGGGGUUUUUUUUUCUUAUACAGCAGCUAAGAUUGAAAGGGUCAGUUCCCUCAGAAAUCUCAGGCUUUUGCAUAAGUGUGUCUAAAGAAAGAGGUUAUCAGGUUUUCAUAUAUGUGAGUAAAGCAGGCAUACAGCUGGUAUACAAGCUGAAACUAGAAAAAAAUGAGAAUGAACUUUAAAAAUCAUCUUCAUCCUAACAUGGGUACAUGACAUGCUACAUAGGAAAUGUUAGCUUUCAGAUUCCCUACUAGGCAGAUGGCAGCAAAUUUACAAAAUCUGCAACCAUCUCAGAUUGAUGCUUUUGUGUAAAGAGCCACAUGAAAUGAAUAGUUUAUAUCCCCUCACUGAGCUGAGAGCUGAAUAUAGAGGCCAGUUCUCUUGUAUUCAAUCUAAUGAUUUUUCUCCUAAAUCCCAAUGCCUUCCCUUGGCAAUUUCUACCUUAAGAAGUAAAAGGGUCUUACCACUGGGGCUCUGAAAUAAGACUGGAGCACGGGUCACUGCCUCUGGGGGUACCUCAGUAUCCUCAUCAUCAUCUUCAGAAUCUUCUAUGGCCUCAUCUGCCUCUUCAGCUUGCUUCUCAGCUUCAGCCUCACUGGUCUGGAUGGGGCACGAGCCUGCCUCCUCUUCUUGGCCAUCACUGGGCUGGGCAGCAACCCCCGCACUCACCAAAGCAUCCAUCUCUUCAAAAAAGGGACAGGUUUCUGGUGCUUGGCCAUUCUUGACUUUCCGAUAGCUGGUUUGCAGGCUUUUAAACUUGGUACGACAUUGCUCCGGUGUCCGAAGGAAGCCAUGCUCCCAUAACCGUUCAGCCACUGCUCCAUAUAGCUGGCUGUUGCGAUGACAGUUCCGGAGGGCUUCGUAAAACUGAGUCUCACUGAGGAUUGCAAGAUAGGUCUUUGUCUCUUCAUAGCCCCAGUGUACACCUGCCACCGGAAGAGAAAUUUCAGCACCACUUAAUCCAGGGCUUUAUAGCUUUAAUUCCUUGGGCCCAUCAUCUACACCAUGAAAAAUCACCUAAGCUUGGGCUCCUAGAUGAAAAAGUAAAAAUACCUCAUGUUUCUAAAAUCUAUACAAUCUCUUAGAAUGUUUUGCUUCUUUGUAUCCUAUAUCAAUUUCACAGAGACCUUUAUUCCUCCAUUCUGUUUAGAAGACAUCUUUCAACUUGGUCACUGUAACAGUCUUAUGUACACUGAGGCAAGUGUACAGAAUGCAUUUCCCCAUUCUUCUAGUAGUUUUGGAAUUCCGAUCCUAAGUACAAAAUAACUGGCUAGGGGAAGAAGACCCGUAGUCAAGAGCUGUCAGCCAUGAGUCAUUCCUAAAUUCUCUGAUCAUUCUUUUUCUACAAACCCUACUUCCUUAUGAAUUGUUUCCCAAAAAAUGACUCAGAACCCCAAGGAACAGUCUCUUUCUGAAUCACACUGCUGCUUAAUCCAAUCACAUUUAUACCCUUCUUUACUUGUCACAGUCUCAAAGAAGUCAACCCAACAAUAGCAAAGACCUGAAGGGCACAAUCUAAGAACGAGUAGUCAUGCACCUUUUUUGUAGGAGCAGAGGACUGGCAGAAACUAGGAGGAAGGAAGCAGAGCAGAUGGCACCUCCUGGCCUGAACUCUGCUAACACUGGAGGCCCCUCACCCAGGCAGUACUUGAUCAGGGUGAUUACCGACUCUACUCCCCAGAGGUACCCAAGAGAGGGAAGGGAGAUUCCAAGAGCCUCCCUCUCACUCGAGAACCAGCUGGAGAUUACACUGCUUCCACCAUCCUCCACUGCAAGUAAAAGAGAAGGGCAAAGAAUGGGAAGGCAGAGGAAAAGCAGUAGAGAAAGACAGAACAAAGAUAGUGAAAAUGAUCGCAGCUAGCACAUGUGCCGUCUUUGUGAUUUACCUAAAUUUAUUCCAGUGACAAGGGAAAAAGGAUAAAGAAAAAAUGAAAACAAAAAGUGCAAGACAGAAAGACUAGAACAGAAGUAACAACACACAUAUAAUAAAAAAUGGAAGGAAAAGACCACUGAUGCAGUGAAAUUGCAAAUUUGGAGUAGUCUUGCUGCCACACCCCAUUUUACAGUUGAGGACACACACUCUGAAAUGAUCAGACAGCUGUAUAAGGUCAUCUAGCUGUAUAAGGUCAUCUAGCUGAUGAGUGGUCAGGAUUAGAAACAAAGCCUCCUGGAGCUCCCAUCGUGUGGCAGCAGAAACGAAUCCGACUAGGAACCAUGAGGUUGCAGGUUCCAUCCCUGACCUCGCUCAGUGGGUUAAGGAUACGGCGUUGCUGUGAACUGUGGUGUAGGUCGCAGAAGCAGCUCGGAUCCUGUGUUGCUGUGGCUGUGGCGUAGGCCGGUGGCUACAGGUCCGAUUAGACCCCUAGCCUGGGAACCUCCAUGUGCCGCAGGUGCAGCCCUAAAAAAGACAAAAAGACGAAAAAAACCCAAAGCCUCCUGAUUUAUACCCGGUGCUCUUCCCAUAACAACAUGGUUGUACAAAUUACAUCAACAGAAAUAAAUGAUAUUUAAAAAUGGUUCCACAGGCAAAUAAUAUUUCAACAUAGAGUAUUAAACAAGAUUCUUGCUGUAAGACUUCUAAGUCCUGAGAGUUCCCUUUGUGGCUCAGCGGUUUACAAACCUAAAUGGGAUCCAUGAGGAUGUGGGUUCGAUCCCUGGCCACACGCAGUGGGUUAAGAAUCCGGCAUUGCCAUGAGCUGUGGUGAAGGUUGCAGAUGGCGGCUAGGAUCCUGUGUGGCUGUGGCUAUGGUGCAGGCCGGUAGCUGUAACUCCGAUUAGACCCCUAGCCUGGGAACUUCCAUAAGCCUCAGGUAUGACCCUGAAAAAAAAAAAAAAAAAAAAAAGACUUCUAAGUCCUAUUAAAAUGCCAGUGUGUGCUGUGAAUCUCAUAAAGGAAACUGAUUUUCCCCAACUUUGGGCAGUCCUACGUUAUACUACUAUAAGUAAAAUGGAACACAUAAUAAACUGAGUUUGGAAGAGCAAGGUGUUCACAUAAGGCAUUCAGAAAACAGUAGUUCUCCUUAAAAGUAAUAAAUACCAUGCCAAGUUUU